ACGAGGCGUCAUGUCUGGCGGCGAGGCGUCCAUCACGGGCCGGACGGCGCCCGAGCUGAACGCCUCGGCCGCGCCGCUCGACGACGAGCGCGAGCUGGGCGAGACGGUGGCCGCCACGGCCCUGCUGCUGGCCAUCAUCCUGGUCACCAUCGUCGGCAACUCGCUGGUCAUCAUCUCGGUGUUCACCUACCGGCCGCUGCGCUCCGUGCAGAACUUCUUCGUGGUCUCGCUGGCGGUGGCCGACCUGACGGUGGCGCUGUUCGUGCUGCCGCUAAACGUGGCCUACCGGCUGCUGAACCAGUGGCUGCUGGGCAGCUACCUGUGCCAGAUGUGGCUCACCUGCGACAUCCUCUGCUGCACCAGCUCCAUCCUCAACCUGUGCGUCAUCGCGCUGGACCGCUACUGGGCCAUCACCGACCCCAUCAACUACGCCCAGAAGCGCACCAUCCGGCGCGUGAACACGAUGAUCGCGGCUGUGUGGGCGCUGAGCCUGGUCAUCAGCGUGCCGCCGCUGCUCGGCUGGAACGACUGGCCGGCCCAGUUCACCGAGGACACGCCCUGCACGCUCACCCAGGAGCGGCUGUUCGUCGUCUACUCCUCCAGCGGCAGCUUCUUCAUCCCGCUCAUUAUCAUGUCGGUCGUCUACGCCAAGAUCUUCUUCGCCACCAAGCGGCGACUGCGCGAGCGCACGCGCAAGCUGGGCACGCUGGCGGUGCCGGCGCCGCCGCAGCGGACCAGCUCCCGGCCGCUGGCCGAGCUCGAGUCGGUCGCUAGUCAGGAGGACGAGACCGAGCCAUCUCCGGAGCCCGAGCCGCUGUCCAGCCGCGCAGACAAGCCCGCCAACGGCAUCAGCGUCCACCAGUUCAUCGAGGAGAAGCAGCGCAUCUCGCUCUCCAAGGAGCGCAAGGCGGCGCGCGUGCUGGGCGUCAUCAUGGGCGUGUUUGUCGUCUGCUGGCUGCCCUUCUUCCUGAUGUACGCGAUCGUGCCGUUCUGCACCAACUGCGCGCCGCCCAGUCAGCGCGUGGUCGACUUCGUCACCUGGCUCGGCUACGUCAACUCCAGCCUCAAUCCGAUCAUCUAUACUAUUUACAACAAGGACUUUCGCACCGCCUUCAGCAGACUGCUGCGCUGUGAUCGGCGAAUGAGCUGAAGAGGUUUGAUGGUAACCCAAACACAUGUCAGUUGACUGCUGUCAGUACUGGGCAGACGUCAACCGAUAAAACUGAUCGACAGACAUGGGCGAUGCUAUGAGAUACAAUAUUAUAGUGCAAUGACACUGAUAGCUAGAGUUAGAUGAGUUUAUUCAUCAGUUAGGUGAAAUGACCAGGAAAGGCAUGCUGGGUCCCGU